UUCUUUUCAUCGCACACUCACUUUUUCCACAUCCUGUUGGAAAAAGUUAGUCUGACACAUCUGAUCUUCUGCAGCUCGUUGUUCUCAGGCGUGUUCCCCGGAGGAGCGUGUGUGCUGUCAUCAUGUCCUCUCGGUGUUUCAGCGGACUGUGGGCGGCUGUGAUCGCCGUCUUGUUUGCGGCCGUUUCGGGGGAGAAAGUAGUGGAGAGUCGCUCCGGGAUGAUCCAGGAGCUCCGAGCAGCCCUGGCCGACCUGGCCGGGGAGGGAAGGACCUACCUGGGCAGACUGGCCGGGGAGCAGACGGUGCUGUCGGUACAGAAGGCUUUCUCUCAGGUUCUGAGUGUUGUUGCAGGGAGUUUGGCCAGUGGUCUUAACGUGCUCCUACAGUAUGUCUCACAUUUCCUGCAGGCGUCUGGAAUUCAAGUCGUCUUCCCCGUCAACAAAGUGACUCCAGAGGGGCUGAUCUUUUUUGCUCAGUGGCUUCUCGUGGCUCUCAUUGGCUACUGGCUGGUCUCCCUUGCCUUCUGUUUAGUCGCCUCCACUCUGAGGCGGGCCCUGUGGCUGCUGAAACUGGGUGUGGCCGUGGCCUGUUUUGGACUCAUCCUGAGAGACCACAGCGUGGGCACAGAAACCAUGGCCAUCCGAUUGGCCGUCCUGGUGUGCAUCUGCGUCCUAUUGGGCGUCGGGUUCUCGAAGGGCUCUGAUGUGGCUGAUAAAACUGUUCACCUGGAGGAGCAGGUGAAGAUCCUGGAGAGGCGACUGCGAGAGAUGGAGAAGUGGACAAAGGUGGACUGAGCUACACAAGAUGAAACACCGUGGAACUUCAAGAGACUUUUUUUUACACUAUACAUGUUUUCUAUGUGUCGAAAAGAAAUGCAUUUCUUUCAGUUGUUACUGACAAAAAUAUAAUUACUCUAUCAUUCCAGGCAACAGAUUCCUGUAAAAAUGCCUACCAAGCACCUGAUAUCACUCUUCUUAUUUCACUCUCGGAAAGAAAACGAGCAUGUCUUUGGGAUUUUUUUUUUUUCUAAAUGGUACCUCAACUCUUGAGAAUAGUAAUAAUACAUCCAGUCAAAUGUUUUAACAUGAUGAGAAAUGUUUUAGUCUCAGGUUUAUACAGAGGUUAGAGGGCUGCUGUGGUUCAAUCAUGUACCUACUCCCAUUCAAGUCUUUCGAUCCUUUCAUACAGAGAGGCUACCAUACUGCCUUUACACCACACACACACACACACACACACACACACACAAUAACUGUAGCAUUGUUGUCCCAGCCCGCCAAUACAUAGAUGAAUCUAGGUUCUGCCUCCACUACUGACAAAGAUAUAACCGUUCAUGAACAUACCAAAUAGCAUAAUACUAAUAACAGGCUGGGUGUAUUGUGAUUGGUCCUCGAGCAGAGUCCAUAGUUUACGGCACACGGCAAUACGCUCUCAUGUACUCCCAGAAUGAGAGGCUCAAGUAAGGGCUGGUAAAGAGUCAGACAGGACCAGUAAAAACUUGGAACCAGGAUUUUUGCUGGUCCACUCGGCCACUGAUGCUGCGUCAUUUCUUCUGAUGCUCCCAGUGGUCCAGGUAUAGAAGGCAGUAUGUUUGUGAGAGAGAAAGAGAUGGAGCCCAAAAACCAGACCACUCAGUGAGUCCAGGUUUAUCCACUGUCACAGAUGAGCUGUCGGUCCAUCAAGAACAUGCUGCAGUUCACGAGGCUUCAUGAUGUCAACUCACGACCGAAACUUUGUUUGUAUCCACAUCACAUGGGCAGGUUCACAGAUCGAAUAUGUUGCAUUAUAUCAGAUAUUUGUGUUGCUACAUGCCUACAGCAACAGUAUCGGCCCAAUCAUUCACAACAAACUGUACAUCCGAACAGUGUGCCGAAGCAUGUGAACGACCUCUGCCCAAACAAGACACUAAGUUCCAGCCUUUAAAGGCUUUGAAGUGUGUGCGUGAGAGAGAGAGAGAGAGAUAGAGAGAGAUAUGCUGGACCCUAAGAGGCAACGAGGCAGCAGCACUUCAACUGACUGUGCUGUGUCAGUUGCCUCCAAGGCUUAACACGUGUUACCACACUGAUUUUGUCGUCUAUUCAUUAUAAUCGUAUUAUUUUCCUGUCUUGACUUGACUACAAAACAGACUUAAUGCUGGGGAAUUUGUUUAUUGCUUAUUAAAGACACAGACAUAUAUUCUUCUUUUUCCUGUUGGAGAUGCUUCACUCUUGUCUGAUCAUUUUCUCUGCAUCUCAUGUAUCUGUUGAGCAGUGUGUGACUCACUGGAAUCAGUGUUUUCUCUCUGGGGCAGAAGGAAGGUGCUGCUCUACUUAAAUAUAUUCUUGUCAAGAAAACAAACUGUAUACAGCUACAUUUAUUUUCCUAUCACGACAUUCUAUCGUCAUAUUUUUCUUGUGUUGCUAUAGCAAAUAAAAACUGCCCCUCUUCCUGUGUACUUGCUGCAGUACAAUAUGUUGUUUAACCCUCUACUCUGUCUACAUCAGCAAGUGCAACCAUUGGUCAAAGUAGGCCAGCUGUGCAUGGUUUCCUGUCAAGCAGUGUUUGAUCUGUUUCAUGUCAUAAUCGAUGUAAACAUGAAGUGCCAUCACUGACAAACAUGGCAACUCUCAUGAAACAGAUGUGGAAUGUGGCCUUAUGUCAUAAAACAACCUAUUUGACUGGAAUCUGAAAUUAAUCUUUAGGGGGCAAACUACCUAGAAUUGACUCUUUCUCAAACUGUAGUCUCUACUCAGUUUUACACAAGCACUUCAGUUGAGGAACUCCAGAAUGCCACUUUAUUCAGACGUUACAUUGUACAUAAAAAGCAUGAAGAAAUACAAAAUGAGAGGUAGGAGGCCAAUGUCAGAGUUCACUGGCAGAAAGUGGAUGUGGAGCCCCAACUCCAGUAACAUCCACAACCUUUAACUACAACUACACUAAGUGAAUUAUAUUUGUUACAUUUUACACACACACAAAUAUAUUUCUAUCUUUGUGAGGGGACUAACUAUCUUGUAACGAGUAUUGACCCCCAAACAGAUCUUAAAAGGUCAGAACAAGAAGAUUGGUCAAAAUUCCCUCACCCCAUAUGGUCCAAUAGUGGUCCAUAGAUAGAAGUACUAGUACACACACAAAAUCUAAAGAUUUUCAACUUAAUGAAAACACAGUAUGUCUUCCUGUUGCUACAUGUUAGGAUCAUCAAAGCUUAAAACCACAGCUUUUAUUUUGCUGUCCAAGUGAAAACUCAGCCAAUAAUAUAGACGGAGGAGAAAUGAGGCCACUGUCACCUUCAGGGUAAAAGCAGCACCACUGAAAAUCAUUGUAUACAUAUCCCCAGAUGUUCAUAUCACAAAGCUACAUUUUCCGGAGUGAGAUUUGUCUGGGACACAAGUAUCAAAAGCUGUGGAAGGAUGAUGAGUGAUAUGUUUGUUUUUUGCUGUAAUAGUAAGAAGGCAAGAGGUCACACUGAAGGCAGUCAAAGUGGUUCGUCUGGUCACAUUCUUGUGGUUUAGCCGUUAUUGGUUACAACAGCCACACUUGGCAGCAAAACCAGUUCAUUUGGAUGGAAUCACAGUGUUAAUAUCUUCAAUUUGACUGUGACACACAAAUUCAUAGCAACUAUUAGCAUAUCCUGAAUGAGCUGACCUAGGAGGCAUAGGAUCAAAAAACGAGGUAGCUAUAGUUUUAGCAAUUCCCUGGCAUAAUAUAGGGCCUGGAUUUAAAGUCGGCCCAAAAAAACCCUGGUUCACUAUUUACCAGUUGGAUUGUGAUUAGCCAGUUCAGAACAUGGACCUUGAACAUCUAGUCAUGUUGUAGCUAGGGCCUGUACUUGUAGAGUCGUAUAGAAAAUGUUUUAGUAAUUCAGUCAUUCAUAGACUCGCUUCAGAUUCACAAGAACAGCAAACCUGGCACCAGGUACAGUGCACCUGCAGGGGCCCCUGGUCCUGCUCACACACUGAUCAGUCCCUGACCUGAUCUAUACAAAACUCACCGGCAUUAGUCAGCCAAUGUUAGCUGACAAGUCUGAUUCAAUGCACAAGUUAACUGCAUUAGAA